AUGGAUGCGUUAUUAAAGAAGCAGUUAGAGCUCGGUACAAAGAUUGAGCGACUGAUAACCAAUUUCAAAAAGGAUUCUAGUACCCGCAAGCAGGAUUCCAUUUACUAUGAAGAACGACUAAAGAAGCUACAUUCCCUAUGGAAUGAUUUUGAAAUAAAUGAUGCUGAAAUCAAAGCAUUGCCACAACCUGAACUCGGACACGAGUAUUUCAGUACAGGUUACUUUGAAAAAAUCUCCAAUCUAGUAAUCAAAUAUGAUGAAAGAUUCAAGUUGGAGAAAUCAAGGCUACUCCUGAAACCACAGGACGGGAAGCCAGUAGUAAGCCCAAGAGGGUCAAACAAAGCUACAUCGCUCAUGCGAAACAUCAAAAGGCAAUCCUCAUUAAUGCAUGCAUUACGCGCAAGCAUAGAUGAAAUUUAUGAGGAAAUUACCAUAAAACAUCAUCCUAGUUAUUAUGAUCUGAAAUAUUCUCUGAUAGAAAAAUAUCAGAAGGAUCUGAGGGAUAACAAUGAUGAAAUAUGGUCAUCAGCCGACGCAGAAGACAUCGUCGGAAACACUUGGGAUCAAUACUAUUCAACGGAUAAAGAUGCCCAAAACGCGUUGAUAUAUUUAAAACAACACAGUCAACCAACUGAAGGAUUGACGUCAGAGGGGCCUGCAGCAACUCAACGAAUCAGACUUCCAAAAAUAGUUUUACCAACAUUUGAUGGAGACUAUUUGAAAUGGAUUGAAUUUAGAGAUUUGUUUCAACAAUUGAUCCAUGAUCAAUCAAUAAGCGCAGCCCACAAAAUGUUCCAUCUAUCUACAAAUUUGGCGGGUGAGCCAAAAGCCCUCAUACGGCAUCUGCCAAUUUCUGAGCAAAAUUACAAUAUAGCUUGGGAUAUUCUGUCAAAUCGGUAUGACAACAAACGACUCUUGGUGACAGCAUUACUAAAUAAAUUGUUAUCACAACCAAAUAUAACAAUUGAAUCAUCAAGCAGUCUUAACGGCAUACAUGAUGUUACAAAAGAAUGUUAUUAUGGAUUAGCAGCUCAAGGUAUUGAUGUUAAAUCUUGGGACGCCAUAAUGGUUCACGUAAUUAUUAGAAAGCUAGACAAAGCUUCACAUACAGCAUUCGAGCAAUCGUUAGAAGACAGCCGAAGAAUAAUUUCAUUAAAAGAAUUAUUGCGGUUCCUAGAAGGAAGAUUUCAGGCAUUCGAAUCAAUGACGAAUGGGAACCACAAACAAAGUCACAAACCACGACAUCCAGCAGUAGCACUUGCAGCUACAGACUCAGGAUCAAAAUGUAUUACUUGCAAUAGAAGUCAUAAAUUAUUUUCAUGUGAAACUUUCAAACGUAAAUCCAUACAACAAAAGUACGAUUUACUAAAACGUCAUAAAUUGUGCACAAACUGCAUGAAAUCUGGUCAUAUGGCAUUACAAUGCUCCAGCAGGGGUUGUACUAUAUGCCAAAGAAGACAUAAUACACUGUUGCAUCAAAAUAGACAUCCAGUUCAACCAUCAAAUCAUACGUCAGUUGAAAACACUUCAAGGCCACUUGCACAAACAACUCUAAUGUCAUCCAUCAAUCAUGGUCAUACCAGUUGCGUUCUUUUAGGAACAGCAAAACUUUUAGCCUCCAACUCUAAUGGAAGAACAGUCGUGUGCAGAGCAGUACUGGAUUCAGAUUCACAAAUAAAUAUUGUGACUGAACGAUUGGCAUCCAGAUUGGGGCUGCAAGUAAGCUCCAGUUCGAUUUGCAUCGAAGGCAUAGGGAUAGGUAAAUUGAGUUCAAAAAGUCGUACAACACUUUCUGUGCAAUCAAAAGUGACCGAUUACAAAACAAUACUUGAAGCAUUUGUGUUGCCAAAAAUUGUAUCCAAUCAACCAUCGCAACACUUACAAAUUUCAAAUUGGAAUCUGCCCAAUAACAUCCAAUUAGCAGAUCCUACAUUCUAUAAGUCUGACAAAAUUGAUAUGUUGCUUGGAGCAGAAUUUUAUCAUCAACUCCUAAGUCCUGGUCAAAUACAACUUUCAAGGGAACUACCAAUUCUACAGAACACUGUGCUCGGAUGGAUCGUAUCUGGAAAAGUCCAAAAUGCUAACACAAUGAUUGCAACAUGUGGAAUAGCAUCAGAAGAUAGUUUAGAAAAUGCAAUAGAACAACUCUGGAAGGUUGAAGAAGUUGAUACUCACUCAAAGGUCUUGUCAAUAGCAGAGCAACAAUGUGAAGCUCAAUUCACUCAAACUACAUAUCAGAAUGUUACAGGACGAUUCAUGGUACGUCUUCCUUUUAUAAAUGACAGAUUCGCUUUGGGAGAUUCGAAAGACAUUGCUACAAAUAGAUUUCCAGCACUAGAGCGUAGACUUUCAAAGGAUAGUCACCUCAAACGACAAUACGUAGAGUUUUUAGAUGAAUAUGAAAAAUUGGGACAUAUGACCGAAAUAGAUAUUGAAAGGAUUAUGUCACCACAUUACUUUAUACCACACCAUUGUGUGCUUAAACCCGACAGUACCACCACUAAGUUACGUGUGGUAUUUGAUGCAUCAUCCAAAACAACAUCAGGGCAAUCUCUCAAUGAUUUACUACACACCGCACCAACUGUUCAAAGUGAAUUACUGUCUAUUUUAUUACGAUUCCGUCUUCCUCGUUAUGUGUUUACAACAGACAUUGAAAAGAUGUACCGACAAAUACUUGUACAUCCAGAAGACAGACAAUGUCAGCUCAUUGUUUGGAGAAAUGAACCAAGUCAACCUAUAAAGUACUUUGAACUCAACACAGUAACAUAUGGUACUAGAUCAGCACCGUAUCUAGCAACCAAAUGUUUGCAAGUUUUAGCUGAUGACAAUAUGCAAAAUUAUCCAUUAGGUGCAUCUGCUCUCAAACAAAACUUCUAUGUAGAUGACUGUUUACACGGGGCAGAUAGUCUGAGAACAUUGUUGGAAACUCAGAGUCAAUUUAACAAAAUACUGACAGCAAGCGGUUUUAAAUUGCGAAAAUGGUGCGCAAAUCAUCCAAGUUUACUACAAGGAAUUCCACACGAUGACCUAGAAGUCAAUUUAGAUUUAGAAAAUAAUAACGAUACAACAAAAACUCUUGGAUUAUCCUGGUGUCCAAAAUCUGAUAGUUUAUGCGUCAAGGUUAAAUUGGAACCUGUUUGCAGCACGACGAAGCGCAGUGCAACCUCAGAUUUAGCAAGACUAUUUGAUCCACUAGGACUUUUGUCACCAGUUGUGGUGAUGGCAAAGAUCUUUAUUCAAGAAUUAUGGAAUUUAAAGAUGGAUUGGGAUGAAAAACUGCCGACUGAAUUACAUAAACAGUGGUUAGAGUUCCGGAACAAUUUGACGAAAGUAAAUUGUCUACAGAUAUCUCGUCAUAUUUUCAAGGGCGAAGUUCCUGCCAACAUUCAAUUACACAUCUUUACAGAUGCAUCAGAAAAGGCAUAUGGUGCUGCAGCGUAUUUGCGAUCAACACUUCAGAAUGGUCAAAUUAUUGUACGACUAUUGUGCGCUAAGUCUCGGGUUGCACCUUUGAAAAGGUUGACAUUACCUCGUCUCGAACUUUGUGCAGCUGUGGUUGGCGCAGAACUAGCAACAAGAAUAAAGAACGACCUACAAAUAAGAAAUUACCAGACGUUCUUUUGGUGUGAUUCACAAAUAGUGAUAUCAUGGAUCAACUCUCCAUCAUCAAAGUUUCACACUUUCGUUGCAAACAGAGUAAGCAACAUUCAUCAUUUAACAGCCACAAGUCAGUGGCGCCACGUCAGUUCGGAACACAAUCCAGCUGACAUUUUAUCAAGAGGCCUUGCACCCCAUAAACUACAGUCAUCAAGUAUGUGGUUUUAUGGACCUAUGUUCCUGCAUGGUCGGGAAGAACUGUGGCCUUCAAAACCAUCAUCAGCGUUAAAAUCAGAAACCCUCAUUGAUCCUGAACGGAAGAAGAAAACUCCAGUAUCUACAUUGUCUGUUGUUGAAGGCACAGUAAAUCCUGGAGAGUUCAUAUACUCAAUACGACACAACAACUCAUUUGGAAGACUUCAACGGAUAUUAUCGUAUAUAUUAAGAUAA